AUGAAAACUAGUAAUUGUGUUAAUAUAUUGGUUGGAAAUGUGGGACUAUGUAAUCGUCUUAGUGCUCAUUAUCUCAAGGAAAUGGCUUCAAAAUGUGAUAUAAUAUGUGUAAAUCACAAUUUUGAAGAAUCUGAUUUAAAUUCUAUUUUAAGAAUUGGGAAUUCAAAAAACUUUAGAAAGUAUGAGGAGUUUCACAAAACUGGCCCGACUUUAUUUACACCUUUCUUUAACAAAAUAAUAAGAUUCUUCAAAAUUGAUCUAAAUAAUAUGUUUUUAUGGUACUCGUAUCUUCGUGGUAAUGUCUAUCUAGAAAACAGGUCUAAAAUAAGAUUUGAGGUCUCUGAUAAUUAUAAUCUUAAGAAGCAAAGUAUUAUUUUUUGGGAAUUUGAUGUGAAAGGUAGUUUCUCAAAUUUUAAAAGAUUAAUUCUUGCAAAUGUCAACUUCACUUAUUUCUACUCUAUUAAUAAACAGAUAUCUUGUAUUAAAUCUUUAAGAUAUUCCAUAAAAGAGAUUAUCUGGAAGAAUUUUAUUAGCGAGCUAAUUUUCAAUCCUCAAAUCGAAUUUGAUAAGAUAGAAAAUAAUCUAAUCACUAUAAACUUCCAUAACAUAAUUUCAUUCAUGAUUUGUGGUCAAUUCUCCAAUUCAAAUUUAUCAAAAGAUUUUUUGACUCUUCUUGGGCAUGGGGAACUUAUUUCAUUAGACAAUAAUUGCUCGCAAUUUUAUAACUCCAAUUUCAACAAUUAUCUCCUUAAAAGUUUAACAUUUUCACGAGAAGAUUUUCUAUACUUCAUUUCAGUAUUUCCAGUCAGUAAAGUUGUUGGACCUGAUUUUAACAAUUAUUUUAUUCCAGAUACUUUUCUAAAUAUUUUUGAUUUACACCAUUUAAACUCUAAUUCUUUAUCUAAUAUCAACAACACUCAUUCCAGUAAAAGUUCCAGCCUAAAAUUUACAAAAUUCAUUUUUUAUGAUGAUGUAAAUGUCACUAAAACUUCCACAGAUCUGAGAAAUGAUACUCAUCUGCAGAUUAUCUCUUUUUAG